CAGAGAGAGACAGAGACAAAGACACACAGAGAGAGACAGAGAGAGAGGGAGAGAGAGAGAGAGAGACAGAGAGAGAGGGAGAGAGAGAGAGAGAGGGGGGAGAGAGGAAAAAAGAGCACUGAAGGAGAAAGGUGUUGAGAAGCAGAACAGACGGACCAUGAGACUGGUGUGUUUGGUCCUUACGUGCCUGGCGGCGCUGUGCUUGGCGGGCAGCGUGAGCAGCAUGUCCACCUGUAAGACUCUGGACCUGGAGCUGGUUAAGAAGAAACGCAUCGAGGCGAUCAGGGGACAGAUCCUCUCCAAGCUGAGGAUGCCCAAGGAGCCGGAGGAGGAGCAGGCGGGAGCAGGGAAGGAGAUCCCUGUAGCGUUGCUCUCUCUCUACAACAGCACCGUGGAGCUCAGUGAGGAGCAGAAACUACAGCCACAGCCCACCACACACACACUGGAUGAAGAGGAGGAGUACUUCGCCAAGGAGGUCCACAAGUUCACCAUGAAGCAGGAUAAGAAUGUCACCAAGCACCAGAUGCUGUUUAACCUGAAUGAGAUGAGGUCCAGCAUUGGGGACUACCAUCUACUCUCCAGCGCUGAGCUCCGCCUGCUCAUCAAAACCACUAACAUCCCGUCUGGCAGUGAGCAGCGCCUGGAGCUCUACAAGGGGCUGGGCGACAGCAGACGAUACCUGGGAUCACGCUUCGUCACCAACAAGUGGAGUGACCGCUGGCUGUCUUUCGACGUCACUGAAACCCUCAAGGAAUGGCUGAAGGGGACCGAGGAAGAGCAGGGCUUUGAGUUGAAGCUGUACUGUGAGUGUGGUAAACCCAUGGAAAAGUUCCUCUUCAGUAUCUCCGGGUUGGACAGCGGGGUACGAGGUGACGUGGCUGGUCUAGCCAAGAACAUGAGGAAGCCUCACAUCUUGGCCAUGUCCAUCCCCCAGAACUACAGCUCACAGCUCACCUCCUCGCGUAAGAAACGGGCCAUCGCUACAGACGACACCUGCACAGAUAAAACAGAGAACUGUUGCGUGAGGAAACUCUACAUCGACUUCAGGAAAGAUCUGGGCUGGAAGUGGAUCCACCAGCCAAAAGGUUACCAUGCCAACUACUGCAUGGGCUCAUGCACCUACAUCUGGAAUGCUGAAAACAAAUACUCUCAGAUCCUUGCCCUGUACAAGCACCACAACCCAGGAGCGUCGGCCCAGCCGUGCUGUGUACCCCAGGUCUUGGAACCUCUGCCAAUCCUCUACUACGUAGGGAGACAACACAAGGUGGAACAGUUGUCCAACAUGAUUGUGGAGAGCUGUAAGUGCAGCUAGAAGACAUCGGUCAUAUCUCCUCCUAUCUCCUCUAUCUCCCGUAUCUCCUCUUAUCUCCUAUUAUCUCCUCUAAUCUCCUCUAAUCUCCUAUUAUCUCCCCCAUCUCCUCUAUCUCCUAUCUCCUCCUAUCUCCUCUAUC